GCCAUUUUCUUUCUUUUGACAUUUGAAGUGUGCACCAAAGGAGCAAAAUGCAGUUGGUUUUCCGUGGUCUAAGCACUCACGUACUUGAUUGCCAGGAGUCUGACUCCAUUGGCCAAAUCAAAGAACGUAUCUCGGCUCUCGAAGGCCUCCAAGUUUCAGAAGUGAAACUUUACGCCGCUGGAGCUCCAGUUUCCGAUGAAGCACUUGUUGGCGAAUUCGAACAAACCGACAUUGAAUUGUCCGUUGGGCUUGUUGGUGGUAAAGUUCACGGAUCUUUGGCUCGUGCAGGUAAAGUAAAAGGUCAAACACCCAAAGUAGAAAAGCAAGAGAAGAAAAAGAAGAAGACUGGUAGAGCCAAGAGACGUAUUCAAUACAAUAGGAGAUUCGUAAAUGUUGUUGCUUCAUUUGGACGUAGGCGUGGACCUAACUCCAACUCUGGACCAGCUACAUAAAAUGUUUUGAUUUUAUUAUAAGUUUUGACCUAUGGAUUGAGUUUUAUUUCCUGGAAAAUACCAAAUAUUAUUCAUACAUUGGUACCUUUUUCAAAGAAUGAUUUUGUUUCCAUAUAA